CAGCAGAGAUACCACUCCCGGCACCUCAAGAAUAUGCUACAAGGUCAAACCUUCUUAAACGCUGCACCUUGCGUUACAUCACAAAUUCCGGUUUUACUAGAAGUAGAAGCGUCUCUGAAUACAGCGUUCUCACAGACGUUUACGUUACAACUCUAGUAUAUUCAACGUUCUGGACGUCUGACAAUGCCAGCAAUCGAAGACGAGUCCGAGAAGCAACUGGCCGGUGUAAAUACGCCAAAGGAAAGUUCGAACUCAAUGCCGCAACCAAGACCUAUCUCAGCGUACUUGAUAUUUCACACCAUACUCAUUGCGCUGGCUAGGUUAGGCAUGGGAGCGUAUCUAGAAAUUGCAGGUCCUUCACUACCUGUUAUGAGAUCGCGGAUUGGCACCAACUAUGAAGGGAUCUCCCAAGGGCUGAUAGCUCGCAGUGUGGGGUACUUCAUGGGCGCCAUAGUUGGUGGGUUUAUGAAGGAUUACUUUUACCGAAGUAAUGACCUGCUUCUAGGAGUCGCCCUGCUUGUAGCCGCCAUUGCCACAAUUGUGGCUCCAUGGAGCCGGUGGAUAUGGCUGUUUGGGAUUAUGCUUCAUCUGCAAGGAUGGUCGGAGGGAAUUCUGGAUACAGCCGGUGACGCUCUCGUAUUAGCAAUGUGGGGUGAAAAGGCGCCGGCACCAGUGCAUUCUCUUCAUUUGGCUUUUGGGAUCGGAGCCUUGCUAGCUCCACAGAUCGCCGCGCCGUUUCUUGGCCCUAACAUUCCCAAGGACUCGGCAGGAAAUGACAGCGGCAAUGCAACCAGCUUACCAGCAAUGCUAAAUUCUACAACAAAUGUGACUGUGGUCUAUGAUCCUUGGAUUGAUUCAACUAUACAGUGGGCGUGGCUUAUAAUAGGCAUCUUCGUUUUUAUUGUGGGGGUGGUAUUUGUGGCCCUCCAUCUGAUUGGACCACCAAAGGGAUACCAGGUAAAGAAACCAGACCAAGUUAUAUGGAAAGUUGUUCAUCCACGCGCGUGCACCAAAGGAAAAGCUACCUGGAUUUUCUCCUCUGGCUUGCUCGUAUUUUUAUUCAUGUUUUACAUCAUUAUAGUAGGUGGAGAGAGGGUGUACAGUAAAUAUCUGUUCACCUUUGCCACGGAGGGCGUAGUUCCAAGUUUCUCAAAUCAAGACGCGGCUUUUCUAGUCAGUGUGUUCUGGUUGUGUUUCACAGCUGGUCGUUUUACUGCUAUGCUGACUGCCAUAGUCUGCCCGCCAUGGAUCAUGCUGUUAGUUGAGGCAGGGUUUAAUAUAGCAGUGGCAAUCUUCCUCAAUGUGUUUAGUCACACAGAACCACUGGCACUAUGGGUGCUCUCAGGUGCGCUCGGAUUCUUUUUAUCGCCAGUGUUUCCAACGGGUGUGGCUUGGGCAUCGAAGUACCUAAUUCUUACUGGAAUGGCCAUGACAAUGAUGUACAUAGGUGCAGCUACCGGUGGAUUUAUAUUUCAGUACUUGACUGGAGCACUGUUCGAUAUCUAUGGUCCAGGGUGCAUGAUGGGCAUCAUCCUUGCCUAUGCCAUAUUGAUUUCCAGUGUCAUUGUCGCGAUGCAGGUGUAUUCGGCUUGUCUUGGCAAGGCUGCCACUGAAUUCACCGGGGAACAGCCUGAAGAACAUCCUCAUUCACCUAGUGGAAAUCAUCCCUCGGUUAAAUAUGAAGUUCCACAGAAUUUACAAGAAACACACUAGAAUUGACAUUUGAUGAAACUACUUUGUAUCGUGUGCCUCGUAGAAAACUGGCGGUCAACACUCUAUUUAGAUAGAAUAGAUUAUGGUAGGGAAAAAUACUAAUUUUUAUUCGGAUCAGAACGGCUUUAUUUUUGAUAUGAAAAAAAAAGAAUACCCAUUUUUGUAUCUAAUAUCUAUAUCUAGUAUUUCGAAUCUUAUCUAUCAGGAUAGGAAAUAAAAUUCUGAAAUGAUGAAAGCGCUCAAAAAGAUGUAAUAAUAUACAGGAACCUGGAUUAUACCGAAUUGAAUGUUUUAUAUUUAUUGUAUCUUUUAUAGGUCGAAUGAAAUAAAUGAUAAUGCUAAUAAUCAAAGCAUUCAAGUAUAUUGAAACAAUUCAUUCAUUGUAUCAAUGUGUAAUUGUAAGUUAAAUAUUACACAUUUUUAAAUAAAUAUUAUACAUUUUAAUUCAUUUACAGUAUUGUAAUAAAAAAUGUCAUCUAUUGUAUAUUUGCCUAACUAAGCUGUGAUAAAAAUGUAUCCUUGUUCCCUCCUUGGCAAAAUCCUGGACAGACAGUGGAGGGUCGAAAAAAGCAUUGUCCAAGAAACUACAGAACACUGGUUCCUGUAUUGCGUAUUUAUAAUUAUAAUAAUAAAAAUAAAUUUGUGACAAUUGUCA